GUGCUGUGACCUCAAAUGUUAAAUAGUGUUGUUUCUCUUCAUGCCACCACAACCCCCCGUCCACCUCACCCCCUGUCUGCCCAGGCAUUGGAAGAUGUGAAGAAGGGAUUCAUAAAAACAGAGGACAAAUCCUACCAGCUGCAGAAGCUGGCAGAGCAGCGCAAGAUGGCCACGUACCUGAGUCUACUGCGGACAUGUGAGGGCUACAAUGAGGUGUCGUUCCCCCACUGCUCCUGUGACUCCAGGAGGAAGGGACAUGUCAUCACAGCUAUCAGCAUCCAUCACUUCAAGCUGCACGCUUGUACUGAGGACGGCACGCUGGAGAACCAGGUGAUAGCUUUUGAGUGGGCGGAGAUGCAGCGCUGGGACACCGAUGAGGAGGGGAUGGCUUUCUGCUUUGAAUACACCAGAGGAGAGAAGAAACCUCGCUGGGUAAAGAUCUUCACACCAUACUUUAACUACAUGCACGAGUGCUUUGAACGGGUCUUUUGUGAGCUGAAGUGGAGGAAACAGGUUGAGGAAGAGGCAUCUGACAAAGACAACAAAAACUGCAGCAACAACGAGUAUUUGCCUCCUCUGGAAACACAGCAGAAGGGAUGGCGCCACCUUGGGGGUGAGAUUGCAACUUCCUAAAAGGAUUUGUCUUCACUCAAACUAGAACUGGUCCACUUGCAUCAUCACAACCACCCCAGAGAGCGCCCAUCGACAGACACGGAACAGAGUGACAGACUGAGGCAAUCCAUGCCCCGAUAAACAAACUGGAAGUGACCAAUUUGCGAAAUUGGAAUGGUCACACUUAACCGACCCCAGGGAUACACACAGCAAGAAGAGCAACGAAGGAGAAUAAACAAAAGUCAACUUUCAUGUCAUUUACUAGAUCUCCAUAGCGUGCCUGUUGUUUUCCUCCAUGCAUCCGCCCUGUGACGUGGGGCAGGACAUGAGCAAAUUCUUGCCCCCCCACACAGUACGUGACUGGUCAGGGUCACCACAGCGCUGCGACACCACUUGCGCACCUCGAUGAUUCGCUACUUGACGGGGGAGCUUACGUGUGAAAUAGGAUUGUGACGGUUGGUUCCCCAAACACAGUCUGCUCUGCCCAGGAGCCUUCAGCGUGGCCCUUGUCUGCUGAACUGAGCUGAGAGGAUGGAGAUGAAAAUUAGAAGGGAGGGAUACAGAAAAAAAGGGGGGAUUUCUUUAACAGUUGGUGAUAAAGCGAGAAGCAAGAUCAUGCUUUACACUGAUGAAGGACGUUAACACAAAAAUUAUGUUUUCUGCCUGUAAGGUCAGAAGUCUUCUGUCUUUUUAGAAAACAUAGGCGACACAAAUAUAACUAACUGAAAACAGAUGUGACAGGAUGUGCUCAUAAUUAUGUUUAACAAUUGUCUGAUGUUUAACAAUUGUCGAUUGUUUCAUUGUUAUUGAUAAAAUAUAGAUUAAUAUAAGUGCUAAAAUAAUUGGUUUCUUGAUCUAACACAAUGAAACAACUGAAUUGCGUAUAAGCUGCUUUAACAAAUCUCCAUUUUUCACCUUGUCUUCUGGUCUGUUGGCAGUCUGCCAUUAAUGUCAGUAUGUGUAUUUCUGCCAUUAAUGUCAGUAUGUGUAUUUCUGCCAUUAAUGUCAGUAUGUGUAUUCAUCCCCCCCUCUCGCAAGUGUUUUAUUGUGGUAAUUUUCCAGAGCUUGGAAGUUUAGAGGAAGGGGCUUUCUGAUUAUCAGCUGUGUGCAGGGACAAUACUCUUGAACAAAAGGUUGAUGGGCCAAAGCGUUGAUCUUUUUGCGCUAUAUGGGGAAUCUGUCUGACAGAUUGUGAACACAAGGGCAGGAAGUUUUCCUGUCUGUUGAGUUGCAGUUUUGUGAACAGGCACCAGAGAGCAGCAAAGUGUAAAGACAGGUUUAGUUGUAGGUUUUUAAGCAGAAAUAGAAAUCUUCUGAGAGCUUAAAGAGUGAUCCCUCGGGCUCUGUAACUCACCCAAAAGUAUCACUCCUCUGCAGUUUGCCCAUUACCCACGUCAGGAGGACAGAUGGUGGGUGUGCGUGUAUGUGCGUGCGUUGUAGAAAGAAUAGAUGGUGCGUAAAGUUGAGUGACUGCAACCACAACCAUCAGUAUAGCAAUGCAGGCAGCAAUGUCUGCCUCUUACUGCACCUAAAUGAGUACAGUAUUAGUUGUGUGCGUUUGCACAUGACAUAUGAUUAUAUCACAGUUUUACAAUGUACACAGAUUGUGUUUUUUUUCCUCUGUAGGCGUUUAAAACAUUUUUGUCUCAUUUUAAGUGUGUAGAAAGCAGGUUAACAUGCUGACAAAAAAAUGCUUUUGAAUGGAGAAAGUGUGCUUAAAUGUAGUGAUUAUACCUGAAUGCAAUAGAGUUUGGGUUUUUUUUCCCACUAAGGUCUAGUAGUUUAACCUCGGCCGACUCAUUACUGACUCAAUCUUGUGCUUCACUCGCAUUCUGGCAGCGACCAAUCUGAAACUGAGAGUGAUGUUGGUUUAUUUUUUAUUCAAACUGACUUUUAGAGCACAAGUUAAAAUUUCACUUUUUGUUUUUUUACAGUGGAGCUUAGCUUUUAGUUCAAUAAAAUGUUUAAUUCAUGCCUAGGUUGAGUCAUAAUUUGCUUUCAGUCAGUUACCUUGGAGCAUGCUUAUGUGUGUGUACGUGCAGUUUUCGUGUGUGCAUGUCCUAUGUUUAACAUUGACAUUGCUGAUAAGCUUUUAGGCUCUGAUUGGAUGUAUCUGAUGAGCUGUCUGUGUGAGAGCCAGCAAAUGAAGAUGGGGUUUUGUUUCUGUAUGACAGCAGAGACGCCAGACAGAUGGAGACAAAUGGGAGGCGUCUCCUAUUGUCUAGCAAACAUUUACAGCCGCUCAAAUUCUUUUUCAGCAUAACACACGCACACAUACCUGCUACUCGGGUGUUUAUGCUUUGACAAAAUUGUAAAGUGCAAGAUAUUUUAUUUGACGUCCAGUUGUUGCCUCUGAGGACAGGCCUCAGUUACACAACAGCCUAUAGCAAUACAUAUUAUACUGUAGUAGCAUGUUGUGUCUUUUACACACACACACACACACACACACACACACAUCCCACAGGUAGCUGGAUUGAGAAAGAAAGUGCCGACUGCGAGAUGGUCAUUUUGACAGGCAAAGUAAUAGCCAAUUUAGAGAUGGAUGACAUAAGAAUUGGAGCUGUUCAACCGUGUGUGCGUGUGUGCGUGUGUGCGUGCGUGCAUGCGUGCGUGUGCUUUUCUGUCCCCUGUUCUUACUCUCUCUAGGUUGGUCUCUUCCAUCAUCACAGGGGUAUGUGGUUGCUGUGGCAGCAUCACGUUGGCUCAACACGCUCAGUGCAGCCUCUGUUCCUUUUAUUCCUGUCAGCCAACUGACUCACUCUUCCCAGUAAUGUAUUCGAAGCAGUGUUUUUUACUGUUUGAUGUUUGUUCUCUGUCCCUGUGGCUCAUGCUUCUGUGAAUAGGCUUUUAGAAAGCUGCUGUGUUUUUUUGUUAUUUUUUAAAUAUAUUUUUGUGUUUUGGUUUAUCCUGUCUGCGCCAGGUGCCAUCACUCAGUCACAGGCAGGUGUGCAUAAUGUCAGUCGGUGUCCAUUUCGGCCGUCGGUGAAAUAAUUGUGAUAGUAACAGUUUUUAGGUGAACGCAGAGAGAUGACAGCAAUGUUAAGAAGCACGUCUUUGUACGGUUGGCUCGUGUUUGUUUGUCAGUACGCUGUGCUGUGGGGCCACCUGCGUUUGCGUUUGAGAUGCUGGGCAGCUUUGGCUUGUUAAGUGAAUGAUUAUUUUCAAAAACGAGUAUUGGAUUUCACACAGGAUGUAAUGGAUAAAAAGAAUGUUGGAUGUUAGAGCAAACAUAUAGUGGCAGUAGAAUAAAAAAUAAAUGAGCGUGAGGUAAGUUUGUGUUCAUCACAACCACCACUGAGAUGCUAAUCUAAAUGUUACUGGUGCUAUAGUAAUACAUCAGUUUUCAGUGGCAGACAUUGUAUAAGAUCUUUUCCGUUCAAAUUCUACAGCAUUUCAUACUCCAGUGUUCAAAGUGGCAUUUAUUAAGUCAGUCUCUUUGCUUUGACACUGUUGGUUCAGUCAGUCGCCACGUUUGUCUCAUCAUCAGCGCUUUUGUGUAGACUUGAUGUAUGUCGACCUCUGGAACAUGAGUCCGGCUCGGAGGGCAUUAGCUGCUGGCUUUCUGGGUUCAGCUGAUGUGUCCUAUACCUAUGACUAACAUGAAGGGAGGACAUGCUGUUUUAAAAAGUGUUAGCCUUUGUGUAAUUCAUUUAUGUUUUGCUUUGAAAUCCGGGGCUUUUCCAUGGAAAGUAAGCUGUGACAUUAAUUAAAAACCUAAGCCUUG